AUGGCAGAAUUGCAGAUGAGUUUCAUCCAACCUCUGAAUAAUGGCCACUGUUGGGAACAUAAAAACUGGCCGUUGUUUGGAGGUCAUUUUGUANGACAGAUUCAAUUAAUUGAUCCCAUUAAGAAGGAGCUUAGUAAAUUAUAUAAUGAAGAGCGUCUAAUAGACAAAACUAAAGUUACUUGCCUCAAGUGGAUACCAGGAUCACCUAAUCUGUUUUUAGUAUCACAUAGCAGUGGACAGAUGUAUGUAUAUAAGGAGGAUUUGCCAUGUGGUACAACAACGCCUCAUUAUCAAUUAUUCAAACAAGGAGAAGGAUUUGCUGUGUAUACAUGUAAAACUAAAAGUACUCGAAACCCACUGUAUAGGUGGGUUAUCGGUGAAGGUUCUCUGAAUGAAUUUGCCUUUUCUCCGUGUUCCAAAUAUUUAGCUACAGUUAGUCAGGAUGGUUUUAUGAGGGUUUUUAAUUAUGACACCAUGGAUUUAGUAGGUUUUAUUCGUAGUUAUUUUGGAGGAUUGCUUUGUGUCUGUUGGAGUCCAGAUAGUAAAUAUGUAGUAGUGGGAGGUGAAGAUGAUCUUGUGACAGUCUGGUCAUUUCAUGAGAAACGUGUUGUUGCUCGUGGUCAUGGACAUAAAUCGUGGGUAAGUGUAGUGGCAUUUGAUGCCCAUACAACUAGUUAUGGUGAUUUUGAUGGACUAGACUUUAGUGGUAGUGAUGAAGAAUUAGCACAGCAACUUGCUUCUGGUACUUCAAAUGACUCUUCUGCUAAAGGAGCAGCUAUGAGUACAUCGAGUAGGUCAAAUAGCGUCAGCACGGUACCUUCACAAAACACAACUUGCAAUAGGAACUCACUCACUGAAAACAGAUCAUUAAAUAUCACAUCAUAUAGGUUUGGUUCUGUGAGUCAAGAUACCCAAAUUUGCCUUUGGGAUUUAACUGAAGAUGUUUUAAAACAGCCACUAGGAAGGACUAGAACUAGUAUUUUUCUGAACAGCCCUUCCAGUCACUUAGUUUCACUUGGCAAGUGUAAUAAUGUUGGACAUGCCCAAGCUAAUUGUUGUCCAAAAGAAGGACCAGUAUUAGAUGGUAAUGCUUUAUUACCUAGUCUGAGUUUAGGUAGCAAAAGUUCUAGUUUGGAGAAAGAAAAAAAGCAUGAAAAAGAACACAAGAGGAACUUCAGUCUAGCUUCUCGUAAUAGUGACAAAAAUAGCCUAAACAAAUCCAUCCAAAAUAAAAUGUUGGAUGAUCCUGUCAAGCUAAUCGGAACUCGUGUUUGUCCUCGGCUAGAUGAAGUACCAAUGUUGGAACCACAUGUGUGCAAGAAAAUAGCUCAUGAACGAUUGACUGCAUUGGUGUUUAGGGAUGAAUGUGUGGUUACAGCAUGUCAGGAAGGAUAUGUGUGGUCAUGGGCAAGGCCUGGAAAAGCGAAUCUUGGUCAGCAAGUGUCUAGCCCAAAUAGCAGCAACCCAAGUGGUGGCACUGUAGUUUAGCUGCAUAUAUUAUGCAGUAAAUUAUCACGCACUACCAGGACAGCUAUAGAUAUAUGAUUAUCUAGCCAUUCUGUUUGAUGAAUUUUCAACUAGUAAACUAUGCCAGUCAUUGGCAUAUUAUAGUAAACACUGGUUGGUCCAUUGCUCUUCUAGUCCCAGUGAAUCGUUACUUUGAUCUGUACAGAAAAGCUGAAAGUGCUCACCGAGAAUAUUCACUAAAUAUAAUGAAAAAAAAAUAAAUAAAAAUUUUGUCCACAUCUCCCCUAAUAUCCCACAUCUGGAGCAUAAUGCAAAUGCAUCCAUGCCAAAACAAUAAAAUGGAAGUUUUUAUUUAUAACAGUCUAGAGCCGAUGCCUUUUUCAUAGAUGAAUAGACUCUCCCUUCAAUUUUUGUUUUUUGCCGGACAUGAAAUAAGAAAAAUUUUACAUUUCAUAAAAAAUAAAAAUGAAAAUUUUUGUCUUUUUAUUAUAGAAUGCAGCAUUUUUGUACGCGAAUACCAAUUAUGGGAGAGAUGCGUAUUAUAGACGAGACAUAACAUAUUUAGAAUAGCGAAAUUUUGCACAAGACAGUUCAAAAGACUGCUUCGAUAGAAAUGUAGAUUUAUUUGAAAUAUUAUCCAAAGACCAGAUAUCAAUUAGUUGUCUUUCAUCCAUUAUUACAAGAAAAUAUUUAUUACGUUUAUUGAGGACCAGUUUGUUACAUUGUUAAAAAAAUUUUUAAAAUAAUAAAAGAAUGUGAUGGAAAGUAGUAAUGUACUAUUACUACUAUAAAUAAUGGGAAUAUUAUGUUAUUGUAUUUAAUAAAUAAAUGAUACAAAUUACAUUAUUUAGUUUUAACCCAUUCGGAAUUCCGUAGCAUCACAUUUCCGUCAAUCUUGUUUAAUUUGCAUAAAAGUACAGACAGAACCUACAACGUUAGGACACGGUGGGAAAUUUGCCAACAGAAUUCCCAUUACGAUUUUUGGUUUUAUCGAAUUAGUAUUCGUAUAUUCUCAGUCAAGACUUAACAUCUCUGACUACAUUUGAUCUCAAUCCGAACACGAUACUCUAAAGCAGAGGAAAAAAAAAUUCCGACUCGAAUACCGAAUUUCGCCACACUUAACGGACGGGCGCUACGGCCAUCCGUUAUCUCGACCCACCCACAAAAAUGCAAAUAUUUAGAUACCGUUAUAAUACAGAACAGGAAAAUGUUAAUACUGGGUUAAGUUUUAACAGUCCAUUUGACGUUGGUCGCAUCGGAUGGCUUUUAUGAAGUUUGUGUAAAAAAAAAUUUAAAGCUUUGCAUGUUGAAGAAGUCUUAGUUUAUAUCAUAGAAGUUUCAAAUAUAUUUAUACUUUUGAUAUCUGUGAUCCAAACGUAGAGUAGCCUUGCAGUUCCUAAGUGCUCGGUGUUGAUUUGGAUUUGACUCCAUUUUGAUCCUCUGCAACUGUUGCCCUUUUAAAUGAUCUUACUGUAAUUUUGAAGUCUUUAUUAAGUGCAUGUUUCAGAUUUUAUUAAUACAUCGAAGUCUGCCCGUUGUAUUUUAUAAAUUUCGAAAUGAAAUUUUCCAUCCGCUUUCCAUUUAGAACCAAGAAGAAAUAUUAAAACAAAAAAAGAAAUUGUAAAUUGUCUAGAUUCAAUACUAAACAUUAAUAACAGUGCUACAGUGAAAAAAUAGUUAAUGUUUAUCAAAUCUACAGGUAUGUCUGAAAUAUCUUAUGAUUACUAAAUGCUACCAGUUUUUAAUUAAGUUUAUCAUUUCAAAGUCAUUUUUGUUUUACCGAGUUUAUAACAAAUAAUUCAUUAGCAAUAACUCCUGCAUAUCCAAAAAAUUCUUAAUGACGAAAAAAGAAAACAUAAUUAUAACAUUCCGUUAUAAAUUUUAAUCUUUUGUAUGCAUUAUAAUUUAUUUUGGGAAGUUCUCUUUCUAUUUAAUACUUAUGUGAAAAUGCCAAUUAUGUUUUAAUAACAAAUACUUCAUAACUUCGUAAAAAGAACAAAAAUGACCUGAGAUUUAAAGAAACUAAAUAAAUAAAUCAUCACUUCCCAGGAUCAGUUGGAAAUUUGUUUAAUGAUAAAGUAAAAAGUAAUGUAAAAGAACAUAUUCUUAAUCAAAAUUUAAAAAAAAACUUCUUAUACCAAGCAACUCACCAAACAAUGAAGCCAACCAAAUAGAAUAUUUUAGCAACAGUUUAAUGUUGACAUUUUCUCUAUUAACUGCAUAUUUUAAAUACUUUCAUAUAGAGUACUGUAAGAACAUUCUCAUUCUCGUAAAAACACGUUUUGAAGGGACGAAUGAUAUAUUUUUGUAAAUUUGGUCCAAAUCUAUUUGUAAAUUUUGCAAGAAAAGUCUGCGGUGAGAUCGACAAAACAGUUCAACGUCACGAUCGUACGCUUAUCAAAAUAACACGAUAAAUGUUUUUAUUGCAUC